AAAUUUUAUUUUAGAUAGAAUACCCAAAUAUGAACCUCAUCCACAUAUUUUUUAUGUUAAACACUAACUAAUAAAAUAUGUGUUGUCAAGUAAAGCUCCAUAACAUUCAAAUCUUUCUAGAUUAAUUCAAAAACAACUUUGUGCUGUGAUCUGCACAACAUCAGGUUUGUUGGGCAUCAGUAAAUAUAUGAUGAAGGACUUAUUUCAAUUGGCCAUCAAGCAGAACAACAAAAUUAAGAUGUAGGAAAUUGUAUGUCUGAUCUUGAUCUUGUGAAAAUGUGAAGAGCUAUCAUAAUUUUGUUACUUGUGUCAGUUAUGUGAGCCUAACAGAAUGCGUACCUUCAAAGUCAUUGUUAUUGGUGACACUAAUGUUGGAAAGACCUGCUUGACUUUCAGGUUCUGCAAUGGCAGCUUUCCUCAGACAGCAGCAACCAUUGGGGUGGAUUUCCGUGAGCGCAAGCUUUCCAUCGGCGGUGAAGACAUUGUGCUUCAACUGUGGGACACAGCCGGGCAGGAGCGCUUCAGGAGGUCCAUGGUGCAGCAUUAUUACCGCAAUGUGCACGCUGUGGUGCUGGUGUAUGACGUGACCAGAACGUCAUCUUUCCAGUCUCUGCGCAGCUGGCUGGUCGAGUGUGACAGACAAGGCCUCAGUGAUGCCAUCCCUCGACUCAUGAUUGGCAACAAGUGUGACGAAACUGACAACAUUAAAGUCUCCACCAGCACUGCACAAUGCUUUGCUGACCUCCACAAUAUGCCUCUCUUCGAGACCUCGGCCAAAGCUGACAGCGAAUGUGACCACAUCGAGUCCAUCUUCAUGACCCUGGCGCACAAGCUGCAGGCCAGCAGGCCUCUCAUGUCUGCUGAGGUCAACAGCGCGGGUGGUGGCGCUGCGCUGGAAGCGAUACAUCGCGCCGAGACCACUGCAGCCCUGCAAGAGUCUGGACUUAUUGACGUCAGGAGCGGCGACUGGAUCAAUGAUCCCGGCUUCACGGAGAGACAAGAGUCUUAUUGUUGCUAAAUGUGCGCUCUGUAGUUGCCUGAUGCCGAAUGUGUGCUCUGAAGUUGUCUGGUACUGAAUGUGCUUGCUGAAGUUGUGUGGUGCUGAAUGUGCUUGCUGAAGUUGUCUGGUGCUGAAUGUGCUCUGAAGUUGUCUAGUACUGAAUGUGCUUGCUGAAGUUGUGUGGUGCUGAAUGUGCUUGCUGAAGUUGUCUGAUGCUGAAUGUGCUCUGAAGUUGUCUGGUACUGAAUGUGCUUGCUGAAGUUGUCUGAUGAUGAAUGUGCUUCUUAAGUUGUCUGGUACUGAAUGUGCUUGCUGAAGUUGUCUGGUGCUGAAUGUGCUUGCUGAAGUUGUCUGGUGCUGAAUGUGCUUGCUGAAGUUGUCUGGUGCUGAAUGUGCUUGCUGAAGUUGUCUGGUGCUGAUACGUGUGCUCUGGAGUUAUGUGGUGCUGAUAUUUGUGCUCUGAAGUUUUCUAAUCCCAAUAUUUGAGCCGUGAUACUCUCUGAUACUGAUGGUUGUUUUGUAGAUUGCCGCUACUGACGUGAGCUCUGAAGUUAUGUGAUGCUGGGUGUGAUCCUGUGGCAGCUACUGCUUGUGAUAGCGUUUGCUCUCGACUGGUAUGUUGAAAUUAUUCGUUGCUGAAGUGUAUGUUGGAGACUUACAUUCAGACAUUUCCUUUCCUCGUAAUGCCUACUACACCGAUCCUGCUGAUCGCGUGCGGUCUGAAGAUACGUGUUGCUGGUGUACAAUUGGUUAGUCGUAGCCUCAUUUUUCCUUCCAGAAAAUUAUUUUCUUUGCAUUUUUUAUGAUAUUUUAGGAUGUCUAUUGAUGAUGGUUUCAUUUCUAGUCACACGAAUAACUAACUUGUUUGGCAUUAAAAGUAAUUAUUUCAAUUUAUGUAAUUUAAAUUUCCAGAUUUUGUGUCUGUUUUGUAAUCGUUCUUCCAUUUUCAUUUAAGGAAGCAUAUGAAUCUAGCGCAUUCCAUAAGCCAAACAGAUGCUUCUUAAAGUAUCGUUGGAAGGCAGCGUGAAAUACCUAUUAAAUGAGGUAUUAUUUCAUUAUCUAUUCUCCUUAGGAUGAAUAAAGAUAAACUCAGCUAUCACUAUUACUGUGUUUUGCCUCUGGCUGUGAUUAUAGAAUCUAUCAUUUUCCUACAUGAAAAUUGUCUACUUUGUUUUUAUGUUCCAUUCUACUGAUAUUCCACCUACCUAAAUCACGUAUUUUAUUUUACGCGUAUUAUGUUCUUAGCGUGUGUAUAAAUAUUUUCUGAACAAAUUACACGGUAUAGAAGUAAAAGGUUUUUAACCAUAUACAUUUCAAAUGAUGCUUCAUGUUCUUGUCUUAUAAAAUUGGCCUUGGUGAAAAUUAUUACUUGAGCUCAGUGUCAUGCGUUGUAAUGUUAAGUUUAUUGACUGGUGAACCUUUCAUAGAAAUCUGGAUUUUUUAGCAAUCUCAACCGCCACAAAAAAAAAGAACAAAUAAAUGAAUAAGAUAUUCAUCAAGCAGAUUUCGAGUUACCUGUACUCAGGAUAAUUGUUUACAAUUAAUGAGAAUUCAAUUAAAAUUAAGCUGAAUUCUCAGUUAAUAGAUUUGAGAGUAUAAAAAAUGUUUUUGGACAAGUCAUGAUGGAACGGUUCGGUUGCAGCUGAUGUUUUAAUUCGUAAGUUCCUAAUGCUAGGCUUUCUGUAUUACGGCGAUUGGUGUUGAGCCUAAGUUUUAUUUCUGUUGUGGACCAGCACUUUAAAUCGUGGUCAUUCCCUACUAAACCUGUAAUAUAGUUUCUAUAAUAUUUGUUAUAACCUUGUAACCUGCUGUUAUUUAGAAUAAAUCAGCAAUGGUCGUCAGUAAUACUGGUAUACGUCUCUUCAUAUGAUUUAUGUCUUCACUAGACGCUUGUUUUAAUCAGGUCCUACCAUUUUGAUGAUUUUUUAUUUUAACUUCUCCCGCAUUUCUACUUAACUGGUAACGUAUUUAAUUGAGGCCGUAUUCUCGUAAUUCUUUCAUGCCUGGUUAAAUGGUCCCCUGCCCUCUUGUAAUCAAUUACCUUUUGAGGUGCUCUACAGUCGCCGCGGGCACAAACUUUUACCGCAUUCUAGCCAUUCCAAUGUUUAUAUUAGUUGAAUUUUGUCUCGUCAAAGCGGUAGUAAUUUGAGCAUCGAAUGCACUGUUUGAAUUUGAUGGUGAUGUGCUGGGACCAAAUGGUCGGCGUGUUGCAAGAGUUGUGAAUUCUUGCCAGAACAUCUUUUGUUAGGCAGAUAUAAUUUUCGUAGUAGAAAGAAAGAUAUAAUAAAAAUCUCUCAGAACCUCGGAAGUAUACCACAUGGAAAAUGUACCGCUCGCCACUAGCGAUGACCGCACUAUCUGGAGGCACUCGCAUUAUGGAGCACUUCUUUGGACAUCCAAUUGUUUUGUGUGCAUUAUUAUGCAACGAAUUGCAACCUAUUUUGCUUCAAUGUCCUAACUCGUGGUUGAAAACCAUCGGUCUAGAUCCUGUCCUAAGUUAGAUAGAAUUUUUUAAUAUUUCCAGUGAAUCUCUAACGGGCGUAGCGCUUAUGUUUGUUAUUGAUGAGUAUUUUUCUGUUAACUUUACUUGGCUGUCAAAGUCUUUAUCGUAUUAAGACGUGUAUGCACUUUGUGUUAUAUCAUCGCAAGUCUCUUUUAUAUUUAUAAAUCUGUUUGAUGUUGAACUGAACUGGAAAUUCUAAUUGGUAUAUUCCAUAGUGCUAUGUUCUUGUAGCUCAGAAAAGAUGUCAUUUGCUAUCAUUUUAUUUGCGCAGGGGAAAAUUUGUAAAAAACGUGAUACUCGAUUCAUGCCCUGGUCUCACAUGCUAACUUUACGAUGGAUUACUUUGAUGAGCCUUGAGCGUAUUUGAUCUUUGUACUAAUUCGCAUGUUAUGUGAUCCGCCGAUGGCUUUUUCCAAUUAUUGCUCUAGAAAAUCCUGUAUUCUGUGUUUUAAAUAAAAAGCUUUCAUAUACGCUAUCAAUUGCGCGAAAAUUUUGGUGGCUUUAAGUGGAGUAAAGAACUCUAUUACAAUUAUAAGGAGUAUUAUGUUAGGCGUCACAUUGUUCUAUAUAAAUAUUACACACGAUGACUUUGA